AUAUAAUCCCCUUCAGGCUUUCUGUUCAGACCCAGCCGAUCCCCAUCUAAACCACAAAGAGCGUUUACUUUCUCGAUCUCUCCAUUAGAGCCGCCAUUAAAGCUCAUCUCGACAGAAAGCUAAUCAAUCUCACUCGUUCCGUUUUCGCAUAAACUUAGUGUCAACAAAUCUUCUAGCGCCUCUUCAUGGCUGUUGAUCAUCAUUUCAGAAACGAACAUAAAUCCAUCUCAGCUGCAGUAGAAGAAGACUGUCAGAAGACUACUCAGGCUUGCUUCGACUGUAACAUUUGCUUGGAUUUUGCACGAGACCCAGUCGUUACGCUGUGUGGGCACCUCUACUGCUGGCCCUGCAUCUACGAGUGGUUUAACGUCCAGGCUCGUUCGGAUGCUGACGAUCACCUGCAAUGCCCAGUUUGCAAGACUGAAUUGUCACUCAGCUCUGUAGUCCCUCUCUAUGGCAGUGGGAAGAAGGUGCCUAAAUCUGACCAGGAAGCUCUGAUGAAAGUACCACCAAGGCCAUCUCCACAAUCAUUAUCAAUCCCCACUACUCCACGGGUUUCAUACCAAGAUCGUGUUAGUCCCAGGCCCGUGCCAUUCGACCUCGGAUUGAACCCCCAUGUCUUGGAGAUGUAUGGCGAUAUGGUGCUUGGUAGUGUGUUGGGGAACCCUGGAGGGUUGUAUUCGUACCACCACCUCUUACACGGCGGGAAUGGUAGCCCGACAAGGCUGAGAAGGCACGAGUUGCAGGCAGAUAAGUCCCUGAACAGAAUUACAUUGUUCCUUUUCUGUUGCUUCUUCAUGUGCCUGCUAUUGUUUUAGUCUCCAUCCAAUCCCUAUAUGUACACUUGUAUAAAACAAUUAUGUUGUGGCAAAUGUGCUUCUUAGUUUCUAUAUUGAUAUGAAAAAUGCUUUUUGUACACCGUCUCCUACACCACGAGUUCAUAAAACUCUUUUUUUCUC